AUGAAGAAGAGAUUGGAACCUCUACGGCGAUUCGUACCAGGAGAUUCUGCGCAUGGAGCACACCCCCAUCGAAGCAUUGCCACAAUGUACACCCCAUUAGAACCUCUGCGCACAGAGGCGUGGCAGCUGCGUAGCGCCUCUAUGGCAAUUUGUGCCAGGGUAUUGCACUUUCCAAUUGAGUCAUGCGGCGAUAUGAUAUUUUCUCCGAUUGUGGAGUUUCUCCGACGAUUUAUGGAGGUCGAUGGUUUGCACGGUAGCAACGGUGGUGUGGCACGUGGUGACAUAGAUGCAUACAGCAUCCAGGAGGGUGGUGGUGGAGUGCAAAGGAUGAAAGGAUUAACAUUUGUUACAGUGAGACAAGAUGGACAUCUUGUUCCAAGCUACCAGCCUCAACGGGAACUUACCAUGAUUUCAUCCUCUCUUCAAGGGGUUCUUCCUCCUCCACCUAAUGAUCUGACUUUUUACACACCAAACAAGUUCUCCAAAGAUUGUGAUUUCUUUUCUUAUUUCCUUCAUAAGCGAAGGGGCCAAUAUUUUGUAGGAAAUGCAUUCUUUGAUGACUUGGAAAUGUCACCAUGCUAUUACGAUUAUUUUUGGACUCAUCCUUUAAACUCAGAUGACACUCAUGAAGAAAUCUUUACGCUGUGUGAUUUUGUUAACUUCUUUGAUUCCUGCUCGUAUAUAUUCCUGGAAUAUUACUUGAAUACUGCAGAGGUUCAAAGGGCUCUUCAUGUAAAGCCUACAAACUGGACUAUUUGCUGCGGUGACAUAGAUGCAAAUGUUCUAGAAACAGUAACCAGAGAUGCAAUAAACAACAUAAAACUUCCAAUAGAGAAUCCUUGGCACGCUUGGUACCUUAACGAUGAGGUAGGAGGAUAUGUGGGGGAAUACAAAGUAUUAACAUUUGUGACAGUGAGAGGAGCCGGACAUCUUUUUCCAAGCGACCAGCCUCAGAGGGCACUUACCAUGAUUUCUUCCUUCCUUCAAAGGAUUCUUCCUUACUCCUGA